CGCGUUUCAGUCGGACUAUAAUCGACAACGCACUGAUAUCUCACGGUAUCAAGUAGAAGUGGCCCCUUGGCUAACACGAGUGUGUCUGGAAAUCUUAAUAACACAGCAGGAUUUAAGUUGUGUAGCUGUGUUAGCAUGGAGGCUAGCGGGGAUGUUAGCAUUACUUCAGAGGAACUACGUCGUCUGAGUCCAGAGGAAGAACUAGAGCUGGAGUUAGCUAAGAUGACAGUGACAGAGCUGCUGCAGAACGUUCAAGCUGUGCAGACAGAAAACAUGACACGUGACUCGGGCAUCAACACAGAGGCAGACUGGGAGAGCCAGGUGGUGGCGACGUAUGAAUAUAGCACCACCCUGUCAGAGCAAUAUGAUGGUCUAAUGAGAAAGCAGAGUGACGAGGAGACGGUGCAAGAGAAACACAAACAACUACUGCAGAAGAAGAAGGAGGAGGCCACCCGUCAGCACCAGGCACUUUUGGACAAACUGGAGUCUCUGCAAGUCAAACUGCAGCUGAACAAUUCCAAGGCAGCAAGGAAGAAUUUCUUAAUGAAAAAACAAGAGAUGACCUCAGAGAAGAACCGAGCAGAGGAGGAGAAAAAUAGGCUGACAAAUGAGCUGGUGGAGAGUGAGAGGAAGCUGAUGACGCUCACGGAGGAGCAAAGGGAGGAGCAGCUGAGGUGGCAGGAAGAGCUGCUGGAGCUGAGAAAGGAGAUGGAACGUGUGAGGAAAGAAGCGCAAGAGGCCGAGCGGUUAGCCUUACAGGAAGAGACUGUUGCAGUUGAAAAGCAGAGGGACGUCGCCAUGACUCGCAUCGAGGCCUGGAACAGAGAGCUAAGUCAGUACCUGAAUAUGCUGCGGGUGGAGCUUCCUCAGGACUAUCCUCAUGAGAGGCUGAAGUGGGAGAAGAAGGAGGCCGUGGUCCAGAGGAACCAGGCUGAGCUCCAGGGCCGUUUUCAGGAGGUUCUGCUACGGCUCCAGCAGGGUCGAGAGUUAGGAUCCCUCCCCAGGAUCAACUUGCCAUCUCUUCCACAGAUCCCCAUGGCUGACCUCAGAUUCAAUCAGGUGAUGCAGUCACUGGUUCAGUUUGGGGCCCCCCCUUCUCAUCCCAACCUAGUGGUGCGGCCCUACCCUCCACCAAGACAUGCACAUUACUACCAGGAACAGUACCGACCACCAAACCACCAGCGCUACCCACACCACCCACCUCCGGAAGAUUAUUUUCAACCCCCACCACAGCACCAGGAUUCUCAUCAUUUCCCACCUCUGCAGAAGCCUCACUCGCAGUUCCCACCCCCCAUCAGAGCUCCACUUAGGGUGACACCCCCUCCCAGUCUCUCACCGUCUCCUCUUGUUCAAUCUAUCCACCCUGUUGGUCCUUCCCCACCUCCCCCCACUGCGUCCAGUGCCACCACCUCUGCCCCCACUGGCAAACUAGACAAGAUCCUGGAGAAGCUUGGGGCUCGUUUCCCACAGUGCAACAGGGCUCAGCUGACUCAGCUGCUCCAGCAGGUGAAAAGCUCCCGCGGCACCUUAGCUGGCAUGUCCUUGGAGGAGGUCAUGGAGCAUAUCAGCCUCAAACUGACACAGAAUGAGAGGCUGACCCCGGGGCCCAUCGGGCGGCCAGUGGUUCCAAUCCAGAGGCCUUUGCCUUCCCCGCAGAGAGCCCAGGCAGCAGCACCAAGUGGAGGUCAGGCUUACGGGGCCCGUAAACUCUGCCUCAUGUGCCAGAACACUGUGGACCCAGAGAGCCGCCACCCAUUGAGCUGCACCCACACCAUCCACAAAGACUGUAUCAGGAUGUGGCUGCAGUCCAGCAAGAACAACUCUUGUCCCUUCUGUCCAUCAAAAUGACAUUGGACAAUAAGCAGGUGUUAUGCUAAUGCUAGCACAGUGACACGUUAAUGAUAGUAGUAAUCAACUUGUUAACGUGCUUAUGUUGGGACGACAACACAUUGAUGUUAAGACUAGGGAUGGGACGAUACCGAUAUCACAAACUCAACUAUCUACAUGACAUGAGUCCAGUACUGUCAUUUUAGACCAUUUAUGAAUUGUGAAGCUGUUAACGACACAUAUGUUAAGUCAUUUCAAAGACAAUCCUCCAAGCCCGAAAAUGAUUCAGCUAAAAUGCUUCUGCUGAUUUUUGUUUACAUUUGUAUGUGUCCGACAUCCAAUCCAGGGAUUUUGACCAGUAUCAGACUGACACAGAUACUGAUGAUACAGAUUCCCAUCCUUAGUUAAGAGUUAAACAUGCUGAUGUUAGCACUGUGACAUGCUUCUUUUAACAUGGCAACAUGUAAAUCUUUAGAACAUGCUAAGGUUUAAUGGUUAACAUUUUAAUGUCAUUUAAAUGAACAUACUAAUUAAUGUUGAGAAUCUUGUUUUGUACCAGGGAUGCAACACCACUUCAGUCUGAGUUAUAGAAACAUGUGCUGUCUUAUUAUUAGUUUCCAUCCGCCUUGAAAUAAAGUUUGAUUUAUGCAAUACAAAAAUAACUGCUGCAAAUGAAAGUCUUCUGUAUUUUCUAAAUGAAUUAUGUUUUAUCAAUCAAACAGAAGCACACAUUAUGUUUGGUCUGUUUAUUUCUUCUUUUAUGGAUUUGAAAUGAUUCAGCACAAAUAUGUUGUUAAAUGAUUCAUAGUUCAUUAAUCUUCUAAAAUGAUCAUUUGUGGCAGUUUUGCAAACAUCCGCUUAAAACACUGGUAUGUAAUCUGCUGAAAUAAAUACGGACCCGAGUUUCCUCUGA